GCGCCUGGAGAGUAGGAGCACAGACGCAGGUUAUCCAUCGCCUGCUGCAACAUCCACCGUCACUCUGCCACGUCUGGGAUCUUCCUUUAUAUAAACGAGGGUCUCACCAAAACCACUUCACUCAACGUGGAUCCACAUUGUUCUCUUUCUCCUCUGUUGACCUCUCUUUCUUUUUUUUUUUCCCCCACCCGCCUGUUUUAGGGCUCAACCGUCUUGUUUUUGUAAAGACAAUUGUUAGUGCACAUCAUCGCGGAGCCAAAGGGAGCUUUUCCACUUCUUCCAUAGGAGACUGCGGGCUGCUGGAGAGUCAUGACAGCUGAGAAAAGUGGGCCCGUUAUUAACGGUAAACCGGAGGAUGGCAGAGACCCAGAAGGGUCCAGCUCCAGCCUUGAAAAUGGACAGUACAAUGAGAGGGGCCAUUGGAACAACAAGAUUGAGUUUGUCCUGUCUGUGGCUGGAGAGAUCAUUGGGCUGGGCAACGUCUGGAGGUUUCCCUACCUCUGCUACAAGAAUGGAGGAGGUGCGUUCUUUGUUCCGUACGUUAUCUUCUUUGUGUGUUGUGGUAUCCCGGUGUUUUUCCUUGAAACCGCCCUGGGUCAGUUCACCAGUGAAGGAGGCAUCACUUGCUGGAGGAAGGUCUGCCCACUGUUCGAGGGUAUUGGCUAUGCUACGCAGGUGAUUGAAGCUCAUCUAAACGUGUACUAUGUAGUUAUCCUAGCCUGGGCAAUCUUCUACCUCUUCAACUGUUUCACUACCGAGCUUCCUUGGGCUGCUUGUGGACACUACUGGAAUACUGAAAACUGCGUUGACUAUUAUGGAGAAAAUUCCACCAACAUCACAAACCCUAACGCAACGUCUCCAGUUAUUGAGUUCUGGGAACGCAGAGUACUGAAGAUAUCAGAUGGUAUUGAGCACAUGGGGGGAAUACGGUGGGAGCUGGCCAUGUGUCUGGCUCUGGCUUGGUUCAUCUGCUACUUCUGCAUCUGGAAGGGACCCAAGUCAACUGGCAAGGUUGUAUAUGUGACCGCUACCUUUCCUUAUGUGAUGCUGUUGGUCCUGCUGGUCAGAGGAAUCACGCUGCCGGGAGCAUGGGAUGGCAUCAAGUUCUACCUCUACCCAGACAUUUCACGUCUCUCGGACCCUCAGGUAUGGGUGGAUGCAGGGACACAAAUCUUCUUCUCCUACGCCAUCUGCUUGGGCUGUCUCACUGCUCUGGGAAGUUACAAUUCCUACAACAAUAACUGCUACAGGGAUUGCAUCAUGCUGUGCUGUCUGAACAGCGGCACCAGCUUUGUGGCAGGUUUUGCCAUCUUCUCUGUGCUGGGCUUCAUGGCCUAUGAACAGAAUGUUCCCAUCGAAGCUGUGGCAGAAUCUGGUCCUGGUCUUGCAUUUAUUGCUUACCCAAAGGCUGUUACUAUGAUGCCCCUGUCUCCUCUUUGGGCUUGUCUCUUCUUUAUGAUGCUCAUCUUCCUUGGCCUUGACAGUCAGUUUGUGUGUGUGGAGAGUUUGGUGACAGCUGUGGUGGACAUGUACCCAGAGACGUUCAGGAGAGGUUACCGCAGAGAGCUGCUGAUUUUAGGCAUGUCCAUCGUGUCCUUCUUCAUAGGCCUCAUCAUGUGUACGGAGGGCGGGAUGUACGUCUUCCAGCUGUUUGACUCGUACGCUGCCAGCGGGAUGUGUUUGCUGUUCGUGGCCAUAUUUGAGUCCAUAUGCAUCGGCUGGGUGUACGGUAGCGACAGAUUCUACGCGAACAUUGAGGACAUGAUUGGCUACAAACCGGUCUUCUUCAUCAAGUGGUGCUGGAUGAUCUUGACCCCAGGAAUCUGCUCUGCAAUAUUCCUGUUUUUCUUGAUUAAAUACAAACCACUGAAGUACAACAACGUGUACACCUACCCUGACUGGGGCUAUGGUAUUGGCUGGUUCAUGGCCAUGUCCUCGAUGGUCUGCAUUCCUCUGGGAAUUAUCUGGAUGAUCUGGAAGACUCCAGGCACCUUCUCUGAGAGAAUGAAGAAGUUGACGACUCCCAGCCCCGAUCUGAAAAUGAGAGGGAAACUCGGCGCCCUCAGUCCUUAUGCUGCGAAUGAUGCAAAACUUAAGGUCGAUGGCAAAAUAUCCACCAUCUCAGAGAAGGAGACACAUUUUUAACCGAGAGACUGUCUCUCCGACCAAGCUGCCUGCCCGUCUGGAAGUCCAACAACUAAAGUGAACAGCGAGAAGUAUCCACCACAAAACACACAACAGGAAAUGAAACAAAUGACUGGGAGUGUUAUUUUUGUUUUGUAAAAAAGAUAAAGGAAAAAAAGGAAAAGUUAUCACACGCUGAUGUAGUUCAAUCCGCUUCUGUUUUGCACACACUUUGAAUAACGCUUUUGUUGUUUUCAUUUAAUAUUGUGACUAAAAUCAGCUAUUUCUUUCUUGACUAACAGUAAUAUUUUGAAAUUGCGGUACGUGGUUUAAAGCUGGUCACACUGUUUGUGCCUUAAGAGCGAUACCAACGUGUUGUGAUGUAAAAGGCUUAUACUGUGCAUUUGUUGGCAAAGUACUGUGCUUCUCCAUGAGGUAAUAGGUCCACAAAUGUCACUAUCUUAUCAGAUGUAGCAGCUUGGGGAUCAUUCUACAUAGUAAAGUGUAUUGAGAGAGAAAUCAUGUCGUUGUAGUGAGGUUAUACAGUAGGAGGGCAAACUAUCCCAGAGUUAAUUCAUUUAAAUCUUGGACACUCUCUGAACCAGUGAUCGUGAGAGCUUUGGAUGUUUCUUAGACCUUUGUUUAUUCUUACUUGAAUUCAGCAUUGUCGCUAAACAAAAUAAGCAAACGACUGUCUACUGGAUGUAAUUAAAUGAUAUUAAUGGAGUAUUGUUCAUCAGUGAGUAUGUACUGGGCUCUGCAGGGCUUUGCAGAUUCCCGUAGAACUACUCUUUCUUAAGAGUUACCUUUGCAUGGGAGGUUCAUAAUAUUGAAUGGCAAAGUAUGAAAGAGGUCCAGGGUUUAAACACUGUAGAAUAGAUCCUCUUUGUUUUUACUCGACUAUAAUUUUACAUCUGUCAGGUUUGAGCUGGCUACAAAUAGCAAUGAUUGACUCGCAGGCUCGAGUCUGAAACACACCUCCUUCUCCUCCAGCUGCCCUCGUAGAAGUCGUGGAUCUGUCAUUUCACAGUAAUUAUGCUGAGUCUAACACAGACUGACAGACAGACGUGCUUCCACCCCUGCUUUUUUUUUUUUUAUUAUUUCCUGCGCUGCUCAUAGAAAAGACGAUGGAUGCCCAUCAGAUUAGCUUUUCAAGAUCCAUCUGUCCCCUUCUCUCUUCUCUCCUUUCUCCAGCUAAAACCUCAGCUUGUCCACUUCCUCCGGCUUCUUUUCUUUGGAUUCUCUUCAACACAUAACAUGUUUGUGUUUCUACAUUAUCUCUAGCCUGAUUAGGUGUUUUUGUGACCUUUCCCUCUGACAUUGUGAAACCUAAACCAAACCCUCAGCUGUCUCUUCAGGAGUGAACACACAGUCUGUCCCUGUCAUUCAUUUAACUGUAGUCGAUGAGCUGGCCUCAUUGUUCACAUCGAUCUCAGUCCAUUACCACCUCAUCCGAUCAGCACUGGAAUGACUCGAUUUGCCCUCUCACUCCCUCGCUCUCUCUCUCUCUCUCUCCCUCUCUCUUCCUUGCUUUGUCCAUCUUCCUCAUUUCCCUUCCUUUCUUUCCUUUGUCCUUGUUUCCUGAUGAAAAUGCAAUCAGAGGAGAGCAUUUGAGGGCGGUGAAAACUUGAAAUCUAUCUUGAAAUCUUUUCAAGAGGAGGCAAAGACGCGGGGAAGUAAAAAGGAAUUGAUGAGCCGAGGAAGUGUGUGAUUGAGCAAGUAAUGAGGGAAAUCGAGGAAGUGUUUAGAGACUGAAACCCCUCCCGUCUAAGCUGUGACAUCCUCUUAAACAUGUGAUUGGUCCCUCUGGUGUGGUUGCAUUGUGGCAUUAUCACCUCCUCACUGAUGUUUGUGCAAGUUAAUAGUUGUAUGUGUUGGAAAAAAAAAUAUAGCCUGCUGUUUAACACUGAUCCUGUUGAUGUAUAUUUUUACAUCUCUUUCUAGAAAUGUGGUCUAUUCUUGAGAUGAGUUGUUUAAAAACAAUUGCUGUAAUAAAAAAGAAAAGAAAAGAUUA